GGGAGGCUGCUGAGCAAUGAGCCACAUGGUUCAAAGUGCGCUUGCUGCCGUUAGUUUCGGAUCGGGUUACAAAACCACAACAAAGCAGUUGUGGUAUGUAACUCCACUUCUUGAAAAGCUAAGAUGGAAAAUCUAUCAGUCUACCACGGACCCAUUGGAAAGAAGGAGGGCGAGAGGCGACUGGGUCUGGAUGGACGCGAUGGAUGCUUCUUGGUGCGAAACAGUGACUCUGUACCCGAUGUCUACUGCCUUUGUGUGCUGUCCAACGGAAUUGUCUUCACAUACAGACUUCAACAACAUGACGGAGGAUCAUGGGCCGCAGAGACGAUUCCUGGUGUCCCGAAACGACAUUUCCGUAGCAUCAAGAACUUGAUAGCAGCUUUUCAGCAGCCCAGACAAGGAAUCGCCUCCCCUCUGCUUUACCCUGUCACUGCCCAGGGAUGGGUACAAACACCCACAGAGGCGCAGACGCCCAGUAAUAGCCUGUCACCACCACACAGCAGCUCGAGUACUCUCCUCCAGUCGUAUGUUGCUCAGGGACAGGAAAAUGAGGGGAAAAAUGUGAUGGGAACUCUUGGCUAGCCACAAGGUACAGUACAAUAUAUUUGAAGGACUGGUAUUCAUUUCAAACACAACCUCUGAUUGUCUUUUGACACUUUGUCAUGUUUUGUUGACACAGAAGGUCUCUAUUCAAGCCCUUCGCUUGAAUCACUUUAAAUCAAAAUUCACUCAAUUAAUGCCGUUUAAUGCAGCAUAAUUCCUAUUUUACAGCUUUAACUCAAUGUGUAUUUCAAAAUAUAUUCAUACGAACCUUUUUCCAUUCAUGCAGAGUGAAUCAAUUCAAAUGUUCAGCAAAGAUACCAAUUCAUCAAAUAAAACAACGAUGAGUAACUGUGGGCCUCACUGAA